CGCACAAUAGUGUUCGUCCUCGGGUUAGUGGCGUGCGUAAAAUCGUGUCGAUCUUGGAUCGUCGCGGGUGAGAUCGCUGGAAAGCAGCAGGGAAGGAUCGACACGACACAACACCCGUAAGAUCGCGUCGCCGCUUGUCCGUGUGUGCGUGCGCGCGCGCGAGAUCCCCCUUUGGUGCCUGUGUAUAUACCUGUACGUAGUGUGUACGAGCAAGCGGACAAGCGCGCGCGUGUAUAUAGCGGCUCCACUUCUUUCUCUCUUCUUCUAUCUUCUUGUACCGUCUGCGUUCCGUGCCCUCGUGUUCGUGAUUGGUCGGUGCGUGGCAUUUUUAAAAAGUCGUCCUGCUUCUGUCCGUUAUAACCUGAAAGAUCCGGCAGCAGCGAUGUCGCGAAAUCACGAGUAAAUCGAUACGGCGAUCCAUGUCGAAAUAAUGUCGGUACGACGAACCGGCUGCUCCUGGCUCCGAGUUUCUCCGGUUGUUCGCGAUACGACGGUACCCUUCGAGUCGUGAUCAACAGUGUACCACGGGUACUCCGUUGCUUUUUUUCCCAGUGAUAGCAGCGGCAAACAACAGAAGAAACCGUGCAAGGGGCACGUAUGAGAUUUGAGCAAGAAAGGAAUCGGGGGGGGCUCUACUAUUACGGUACCGGUUCUCUUGCUGCCAGAAUUAUUCGCGGUGGCACGUUUCUCGAAUCAGCGGAAAAUUCAAACACAUUGGAGAUCCAUCCUGACUCGGCAACGCUGGCGACGUAACAACGACGCUAUCGUCAGUGACAGGUAGAAUACGCGACACGAGAAUCGGAGGAAGAAAACGAAAGGGAAGAGUGCAGUGCAAGAGAAAGAGAGGAAAAGAAAGAAGAAAGCCGCAGCAUGCGCGUGUAGUUCCUUUUUCACGAGUUACCCCCGACUGACAUAUGCGUGUGGCGCGUAGAUUCCAAAGCCAAAGAUAAAGUUUCGUCGCGAAUCAGAGUUCUGGAAAGCGGCUGAAUUUCGAAAAUAGUUUCUUGAUCGCGUCUCUGCGCGUUGGAACCAAGAAGUAGAAAGAAGGGGGGAAAGAAAACGACGGAAUAAGCGUCUCGGCGAUUUUCUGGUCUCUCUUUAGAGGUGCGCCUACGGAGGCGUUCUCCGUACGUCGUGAAUCGUUCGCGGAGUGUCGGUCGUGCUACAGUGUAUUGUAGUUGUGCUGGUGCAGGGUGAGGUUAGGAUCGUGUUGGAGAGAAAGGAAGCUAAAGAGAAAAGGAUAGAUAGGAGUGGGUAAAUGAUAAACUGCGAUUAAGUGCAAACGAGAAGAAAUAUCGAAGCAAGAGGACACUGUUCGAAGAGGAGUCGCUCGCAACCUCGAGAACUGGAUAACACGGGCGACUCGAGAAUCGCCAAAAUUUUGCCGGUUUAUAAAAAAGGGGGACGCACGGACAGAGAUGGCAUGAGGGACGGUUCCGGCAACGUUGCCGAGGUGUUACCAGUGGGCGGGGGUGGUGCUGUGCUGGUGCUCAGCGAGCUUGAAAGCAUGGCAGCCAGGCAACAGCGGGAAAUUGCCCAGCAAAGGCGCCUCCUGGAGCAGAGAGAGGCCCGUCUAGCCGUGCUUCGAGGCGCACAGGAGCCAGCACAGCAGGACAAACUCGCCAGAUUGAGGCACAGGCUGGACCAACAACAAAGCAAGCUGAAUCGGCUGCGAUUGCUCAGAUCGCAGACCGACCAGUCACGUGCCAACAACGCCACGUUGACCUCGGACCUGGACUGCAUAAGGGCGCUGUUUAACGAGAAGGAGAAAGAGCUCUCUCUGGCGGUGGCGAAGGUCGAGGAGCUGACGCGACAGCUGGAGGAGCUGCGGGGUCGACAGAACGCAGCCGGGACCGGAAACGGAGGUGGAGGUGCCGGAGGCGUCGGUGGCGGAGGCGUUGGCGGCGGCGGUGGUGGACACUUGUCGACGCCGGCCAGCGCCGAGCUGGAAAAACUUAGGAGGGAGCUUAUGUAUCGUAAUAAGAUGAACGAGCAGCAAAAUCAGAUGGUGUCCCAACAACGGUUAGCCCUGGCACAACGACAAGCGGAAAUGGCGUCGAUAGACGCGAGGAUAGCCCAGCUUCAGGGUCGUCUUCAGCGUAAAAGAGCCUUGAAUCAACGACUAAGCCAGCAACUAGGCUCUGGAAACCGCACGAACGCGAACACGGGGUUCACGGAGUCGAAGCUGGACUUCAACGCCGGAGGAAAGUCCAGACCCGCUGGAAACAUAGCCGCCAUCGAACCAUACUCCCAUAUACCGAAUGACAACGAUUUUAAUCUAAACAAGAACGACCCCAAGUACCAGACACUGCCUUACAACACCAAGUUCACGGUGAACUUCAAGGCGGCCGAGGACGACGUUAACAAGAACAAGAUUCAGCACUCGGCCAGCGCGUCCCAGCUGGGUCAGAGAGCGGCGUUUCAACAAUUUGGUCAUCAAAUCGCUCACAGCCAGUCGCAGUCGCAUAUUCAAGGUCAAUCGCAACUGCUAGGCACGAAUCAACAGCAACAUAACCAGAACCUAGCCAACCAGCCCGUGAACAUGCAACAGACCUGCAACAACAAUAACAAUAAUAACAACAAUACCAACAGCACGAACAACAAUUUGAUCAGUUCAUCCCACAACUUCAGUCCGGAGAGUCUGUCGCAGAACCUUCGGAUCCAUCAGCAGCAACAACAACAGUCCCAAACGCAACAGCAACAGCAUGGGAACGUACAACAGAAGCAACACAACGUUGGUUCGUCGGCGUCGAAUCUUGGCACCACGGUGUCCCUUACCCAAACUCAGAACCAUAGAAACCUUCAAACGCAUCAGAAACCGGUAUCCAGCGUGGCGCCGAGUUUCUCCGUCAAGUCUCAGAUUUAUCAGACUUCCUCCACGAAAAUUCAUCCUGUAAUGCCUCAAACGUUGAGUCUGAUAGGCCGUGGGCAUAAUAACGCGCAAAAUUUUGUCGGCUUGAACGCUCAAAAUGCCAAUCAACAGCAAUCAAAUCAAUCUAUCCCUAGCAGUCAAACGCCAAAUCAGGAUCAGACUUACUCGUCGAGGCACAAUUAUCCUGUGAUUCAGCACCCAACUCAAGCAAACACUCACGUGUCUUCGUCCUCGGUCUAUCAGACUCAGAACUCUCCUAACCCUCCGUCGACCAUUCAUUCGUCAUCCAGCGGGACCAGCUUCGGGAAUUCGGUUCAAAGGUACAAUCAAACUCAACCGAUGACCAGUCCUACAUCCAGCAACGAACUAUCCGAUAAGAUGAAGUUCGAGCAAGGGAAAGGCCAAGAAAAGUUCGAACAUGUUCUUCCAGCUAAGCACGAACAGCAAAGGUACGAGCCCAAUCAGGUAUUUAAAUACGAUUCUCAUCAGAUAAAGUACGAGCAACAUUCUAAGUACGAUCAGCAUGGAAAAUACGAUCAGACCAAUCAACCAACGAAAUUAUACGAACAAUCAAACAAGCACGAACAAACUACCAAUCAGACGAAUAAGUACGAUAACGUAUCGAAGAUCGAGCAAGGGAAAUACGAAUCUGCGCAGAACAAGCACGAACAAAUACAUGGAACAAAGUACGAUCCUAAUCAGAAUACUCAGCAGUACGGCAAGCACGAUCAGCACGAGGUUAGACCGUCGGUGGUGAAGUACGAACACAAUGCAGGAUUCAAGCACGAACCCUCGAACAAAUACGAAGUCGGUGGGCAACAGUUCAAACAGGACCCGGUCAAAUUCGAAAACAAUCAGAAUAAAUUCGAGCAGGGUUCCGUGACGAAGCACGAGCACAACGGGAAAUUUGACAUCCCUGCGAAGACCGCGGAGAAAACGUUCGAAUUCGACAGGUUGAAGAACGAGAACGAGAGGAAGAAUAUGGGAGAGGACAAGACGAAACCAGCACUACCUCCUAAACCGAGCAAACCAAAUCCUCCGCCACGGCUGACUCAUCAUGAAAAGGUGGAUAACACAACCGACGGUAUUAGCGACUGCAAGAACAAUUUGGGAAUCAAUGCAAGAACGGAGAAAGAAGAAGACGUACCGCCGAUUCCUACGUCCGAACCGCCGGAGUCUCCAACGGAAACCCAAUUCGGCAACCAUCAGAUCAUCAAAGCGAGGCCUCUGACCCUGAAGAAGGCGCCGAUCUCCGAACAGCCGAAGCUCCGUUACGCCAAAUCGAAUGUUCACGUGUCGAUAAAUCGACGGAUUGAGAUGCCACCGGCGUUUCUAUUCCCGGAAACCGAGAUUCCAGCGGACCUAAUGCAAACGGAACAGCAGCAACAACAGCAACAGCAACAACAACAACAACAAUCUCAGCAACAGUCACAAAUCAUCGACACGACGGACAAUUGCAAGAAGAGCGGUAUCAACGAAGAUGUAAUUAGCAACGAGAAAUUGGAGGAAGCGGACAUCAUCGACGCGUUGAACGUUAUUAAUAUCGAGGACAAGGCAAAGGCGAAAGAAUCCGAAAGAAGAACCGAGCUGGAAGUCGAUGGGAAGAGCAACGAGGUGAUGAGGAGGAAAAAAGGGAAUCUCAAGUCUAGCACAGGGAAGGCGAAUCUUUCGAGGAGGGUUUCCUUCGAUCCUCUGGCGCUUCUGUUGGACGCCAGCCUCGAAGGUGAAUUGGAAUUGGUAAAGAAGACUGCUAAAGAAGUGGCGAAUCCUAGUUCGGCUAACGACGAAGGGAUUACCGCGCUUCAUAACGCCAUUUGCGCCGGUCAUCUGGAGAUCGUUAAGUUUCUGGUGGAGUUUGGCUGCGACGUAAACGCUCAGGACAGCGACGGAUGGACUCCAUUGCACUGUGCCGCGAGUUGCAAUAAUUUAUCUAUGGUGAGAUUCCUGGUGGAACACGGAGCUUGUAUAUUUGCCACUACCCUCUCCGAUCAUGAAACAGCAGCGGAAAAAUGCGAAGAGGACGAGGAGGGCUUCGACGGCUGCUCGGAAUACUUAUACAGUGUCCAAGAGAAGCUCGGAAUAAUGAACAACGGGCAAGUGUACGCAGUGUUCGAUUACGAGGCACAACACAGCGACGAGCUUACACUGAAGAACGGCGAUUCCCUAGUUGUACUCCGGAAAGGCGACGACAACGAGAGGGAAUGGUGGUGGAGCAAACUGGGACACAAGGAAGGCUACGUACCUCGGAAUUUACUUGGCCUGUAUCCAAGAGUGCAACCGGCAAAGGUGGACUGAAGCGCGUCUCAGCCGGCGAACUCGUAAUAUCCGAUGAUUCAUUACCACAGUAUUCGAUUCGCAGCUUUAUCUCGUUAAGUAUCAUAGUUGCAUCGUCGCAUUACGGAUCGUUAUCUUAAUUUAAUCGCGUCCCAUUGUCAUCUGAACAAAGCGAGCAACAGAACGUUCUAUGUAAUUUUUUUUAUAUUUCUUUUUCUCUUUUGUAAAACAAAGCGAAGAACAUUGCUAACAAGCCCGAAUCAUGGGUGAAAUCGCGUAACAUUAACGAACAGUUAGGAUAUAAUUAAGAAAACCGAAAGAACGAUGAACUGGAUCUUGUAUACGCGCAAAGUUUAAUUGCACUUACUUUUUACAACUCUUGUUUACUUCCUUUUUGUAAAGGAAAACAUAACCACGAGGUCAAUUUAAUUUUGAUUAUUAUAACUGUUAGUCAGUUCCUUCAGCGAAAAAGUACAAAAGAAAAUUUCAAUCUCAUUACCCGUGAUUCCGCUUUUAGCCUGUCAACCGCAUAGUUCAGAGAUGGAACGUUUUCGUUUUAAUAUCCAUCAGUUAAGAUCACUCAGAAAGUUUCAGAAAGUUUUAAAAAUGUCAAAUUAGAAAUUAAUGCAACUUCAUUUAUCUCUGACACAAGAUAAACGCAAAUCUUCUUUCUAUUACUUAAAAAACAAUUUUAAUUAACUUGAUGUAACAACAAACGAUAAUAAUUUACUUUUUAAGCUUGAUCGUUUGUAUUUUCUAUGCUUUCCGAAACUGGUCGAAGCAGAGUCACGAAACUUUUUGAAUGAUCUUACAACCUUAUCAGAGAGGCAACUUUUAUUUUACCCAUAUUAUGCGAAACGUUCUACGUGAACAGCGUAGACAAAUUUAAAACGCGUUUGAUUUGUUUCAACUAAAUGUUUUUAUUUAGAUGAAGUCAGAUUAUAUUGUUGCGCUCAUUGUUACGUUUUUAUUCGUCUGGUGAAAUUUUCCAAAUCCGAUCGAGGCAAAUUCGGAUUUCGAAAAUGUUCCUAAGAGUGGUGUAUAAUGUAAUCUUGCCAAUACGCACUUCUAAAUGAUCUGUUGUAAGAAAGAAAAUUUGCGCUUAUGAGCACGAAAGAGAUCAAAAAGAUCUCGAUAAUGGUACACGACUUUUUUGUCGUUUUGAGUUGUAUUCAUCAGUGCGAAUUUCUAAGUAAUCGACUUUUAACACUUGACUAGACACAUGUAUAAUUGAUUAUCGUCUAGGAAAAAUUCAAACGGCUCGAUCAGAAAGAUUCUGAGCAUCGUUAUACUAUCUAAAAGAGUGUACAGGUAUGUGAAAAGAAAUUUUACACGCUUCUUAGGAUGUUUCUGAUAUUUACACAAUCACACACACACACACUCACACACACACACGCACACUACGUCACAUCAUACACCCGUAAAUGAAGUAUGUGCCUUUCAGAAGUAAUAAUGGAUAUAUUAUGUAAGAAUGCAUGAUAUAUUAUGACGAAUAAAUUGUUUUUAAUAAAAAUCA